UUCCAAUGACAUAACCAUGUGUCCGCCGUCCGAACAGAUCCGGCGAGAUUCCGGCGGGUUUGAUCUCAAUGCACUGGCCAAGUAUCAACCUCUCUUAUUCGUCGUAGCCGCAAUUAUCACCGGUCUCUCUCUGCUCCUCGCUCUCUUCGCCUUCCGAUCCUUUCCUCGCAGCAGAAAGCUCGAUAAACUGACGACGCCGCUGGCGAACGGUGAAGUGAACGGCAUCCCUGAUUCCGCGUCGGAGGGAGGCGGAGGAGGAGCGGAGACGACGGCGAAGGCUACGGAUUCCAUGGUGGCGAACGGAACGUUGGUCGCUGAUGAUAAGCCGGGGGUGUCGAUGAUGGAGCAGUUGGUGCCGGAGAUUACAACCCACGCGCUCAGCUACUUGGAUUAUCCUAGCUUGUGCAGGUUAUCCAUGACGAAUUCAUUGAUGAGGAGGGCUGCAAACGACGAUAAUGCCUGGAAGGCUCUUUAUCACAAGGAUUUUACCUUGGAGCAGGAUAGUAUAACCCCAGUUAACGGGUGGAAGGCAUACUACGCAGCUACUAGAGCAAUCAUGAAUGUGAAUACAGAAUUCUUCAACAUCAUUAGAGAGAGGUCUCUUCAAGCAAUGGCACGAUGCUGGUUGAACUCAGACUAUGUGAAGUGCAUCCACGCCUCAGGCGAAUUCUUUUCCGGGUACAAUGCCGUAAUGCAAAGCUGGCAACUUUGUUUCAGCUGGGAACAAGGGUUCGAUUUUCAGGUAGACGAGGUACGUGCUCGGGUCCUGAGAGAAGUGGCAUGGGUGACUAUGAAGGCGUACUUGAAUGUGGACGAUGGACCCUUUCACGUCACCAACGUGUUCGAGUUCCACAAUGGGCGGUGGUUCAUGGUUCACCAUCACUGCUCUGUUAUGCUCAUUGACGGCGUCGACCAACAGGUUGUUGUCCAUUGAUUUUUUGAACUAUAUCAUUCUGAUUUCUCUUUCCCCCUUGUCUCUCUUUUUGGUUUCAUUCAAAGAAAAAAAGAGGAGAAGAACGAAACUGCAUGUUAUUAGAGUAUAAUAGUUAGUGACUGUCCAUUUUAACAAAGGCACCAUUACCAAGAACAUGUAUAUUUACUUGA